AUGUGCGAGGCGCCCGCGGUUGUCGAAGACGCUGAUCCGCGCGGAAGGCGACUGCGAUGUGUUUCUGGAGUCAAACGGUCCAUUGAGUAUGUAUCCGUCCAGCUUCUGAGCAGCACUGGAGAGCUGGGAGAUGCUGAGAGGCCCGCGACCCCAGACCCCUACCUGCCUGGCGUCAGCAAGCGGCAGUGGGAGGCCAAGGUUGCUGCUUGGCGCAAUGAGAUGUCCCGACUUCUUGACGAGGUGCCGGUUGGUGCGACGGAAUUGGCGGCUGCCGAUGAGCUCGGCGUCUGGAUAGAGCCUUCGCCGCCCGCCGUGCGCGGCUGUCGCGCGCUCCUGCAAGCUGGAAACAGCAUCCUGCUCGCCUACAGCAUCCUGACGCGGGACUUCCGCGGAUUCAGCCGGCACGUUCUGCCGACGGCGCAGUGGGUCCGCCGCGUCGAGGAAGUCGAGGGCGCGUUGUUGCACAUCACUGACAGCAGUGAAUGCACACUCGACGUCGAUUUGACAACUGGGCGGAGAUCGCGGGAGACCGCGGCCGAUGGGCGCGUCAUGGGCGCCGACGACGAUCCGCUGGGAGGCAUGGUGCAUGGGGGCGGGGGAUCCAAUGCAUGUCUUAGCUCUGCUCUGAAUGCGUUGGGGGCACAGGUGCCGACCGGCGUGCAGGGCCCAUUCCGUGCGCUCGAGCACGGGGACCAAUGGCUGUCACAUCUCGGCCUCGCCCUGAUCCGGCAGCCUCGGGGCCCGACAGGCCCGGGGCGUUGCGUCAGGUGCGAGCCGCCGCGGCGCCCUGGGCCGCGCGGCGCGAGGCGCGUCGGCCACUUCACAGCCGUUAUACUGCGGCCAGGCGGCGCCACUGUGAUAGACAGCCGAACAGGCCUGCCAGCGAUUCGCGAGUGGCGAGCGUGGAGCGACAUUCCGGACGUGGAGGAGCACAAGUGGUUCUUGUUGGUGGAGCUCGGCGCGCGGGGGCCAGGGCCCGAGGUGCCGCCAGUCCCGUGCGAGUUCGCACUCGAGCUGCCGCGUCUUCCGAAGAUUCGCUUACUCGAGCGGCUCAACGCUCACCCUCGGGACUCUCAGUUGCACUUCGUCGAGGAGUCGCACUCCUACUGCAUUCGCGGCGCGCGAACGCAUGGGUCAGUCACGGGGUUGAUACACGAGUACUCUAGUGGUUUCGACGCUUGCGCAGUGAUUGAGAAGAUGCGGAACGGGCGGAACUGGCCGCGACCGGAUUAUUUGCGCCACCCUUGCCCGGAAGACGCGGUCGUGGCGCUGCGGGCCGCGCCGGAGGCUGCUCGCCUGCGCGAGUUACUUGUGUCGCACGGUGCCUGCGACGCCGAGAUCUGCGCCGAGGUGAAGGCCACUGCGAGAGCGGCUCCCCGCCUGGCAUGCCUGAUGGAGAGUUUAUUCCUCUCGGAUCCGGAGAUCGUGGAGAAAUGGCGCCUGAACAAGGAAGAGGCGGCUAGGCGGGGCACCUGGAUGCACUGGACGUUCGAGGCCCACCUCAACCGCGUUCCGGUACCCCACGACGCCGUGGAGUUCCAGUUAUUCCUGAAAUACUUGGGCGCGCUGAGAGGUCUGACGGCUUUCCGCACCGAGUGGGCCAUAUUCGCCGAGCACGAGGGGCUUGCUGGGUCAAUCGAUUUCGUGGCUCGAGACUCCGCGGGCAGCUUGUACAUAUACGAUUGGAAUCGGGCGAAGACUUUACGUUCAAAGUACACGAACCCGUGGCAGAAUAUGAAGUUUCCGUUGAGCCGAUGGCCAGACUGCCAGGGAAACCAUUACCGGGUGCAGCUCAACAUUUACAAGUGGAUGCUGGAACGUUACUACGGCGCCCGCGUGGCUGCGAUGUAUGUGGUCUGCCUGCAUCCGGACAACGGCGACCAGCCAUUCGUGGGCGACGUGCCGGUGAUCCCAGAGAUCGAGGAGCUCAUGGCCAUUCAACGCACGAGGUCCCGAGAGUUGCGAGCCAUGGCAUCGGAAAACGCCAGCGAGAUGGACCCUCUGGGCGGCUGGCCGCGGCCAGUCGUGGCGGCGCGCUUGCCUUAA